CGGGGCGAUGCAGACCGCUCAGGUUCCGCCCUUCAUCCGCAUCUUAUGGCUUCCCCUUUCCCUCGAUCCCUUGAUCGAACCUUCUUAACUCUGCGCUGUCAUCAUCGCAACCCCGACAUUAGCUCUCAGAACUCUAAACCCACUCCUAUCUAAGUGCCGAGUCUUCUCUAGACUGGCAGCCUGGAAAGUCCUUUGCACCGCCCCAGCCGUUCGCGUGCCCCGUACGGAGUCGAUCUCCGCAACCGUCCACCAAUCUUGGCUCGAUCGCCGCCAUGACCUCUUCCCGCUGCGAGGAGCAUAGCCUUGCGACUGAGAACCCCUCGAGUUUCUUCACAGAUACCCCACAACGGCACUAUCCUUCCGUCGACAUGUCGGCCCCGAUGAGCGACGGCGAGGAUGAUAUUGGUGACGAUGACUCGGCCUACGGGGAGGACUCGUUGAUCGGGGAUGACACCAUGACCCUGUCGACCUACAUCACCGACUACCGAUACGAGUAUGGUCGUCGCUAUCACUCGUACCGUGAUGGCGCCUACUGGGGGCCAAACGAUGACGUUGCGAACGAACAGCAGGAUCUGGCACACCAUAUGUACUAUUUGACACUUGAUGGGAAAUUGCACCUAGCACCAAUCUCGAACCCACAGGAAAUCCUCGACAUCGGCACUGGAACAGGAAUUUGGGCAAUAGACAUGGCAGAUGAAUAUCCCAGUGCCAAAGUUACCGGUGUUGAUUUGUCCCCGAUUCAGCCAUCUUUCGUCCCUCCGAACUGCGUCUUCGAGAUCGACGACGUGACGCUCCCUUGGACCUACCCUGCCAAUCAUUUCGAUUUCAUCCACGUGCGGGAAAUGUUCGGUUGUAUACCUGAUUGGGACGAGUUCUUCCGGCAAUGUUGGCGUUGCCUGAAACCUGGGGGCUACGUUGAGGUGGUGGAACAUUCAGUUGAACCGGUCGCGGAUGAUGGGAGUGUCCCCUCAGAUCAUUUCUAUCGGCUCUGGGGACAAACGGUGAUUGGUGCCGGAGAGCAAUUCGGCAAGACCUUUAAGAUUUGGGAACAAAGCGCGACGCGACUGAGGAAUGCGGGUUUCGUCGAGGUGGUAGAACAGAGGUACCAGUGGCCGAUGAAUGGAUGGAGUUCUGAUCCCAAAAUACAUGAACUUGGUCGCUGGAACCAGCUUCGAUUGCACGGCGGGGUGGAAGGCUUCAUGCUUCGUCUUCUCACUUCCACGCUGGAAUGGUCAUAUGAGCGAGCGCAAUUGUUUCUGGCGCAAAUGCGCAGCUCCCUUCGUGACUACCAGACGCGUGCUUAUCUUCCAGGAACAGUAGUCUACGCUCGAAAGCCAGAUAAUCCUGGAAAUUCGCGAGGCUAAUGUCUACCUGUUACGUUGACUGUUAUUUUUAGCAUUAUACCCACGACUGAUGUACUAUACGACACGCAUGAGUUAUUUGAUUUAUGCCAGCUACAGUGUUCAAUCCCUCAUUCCCGAUCAUAUAAAUCAAGUAG